UGGAGCCAAUUUCAAAGUGACGAGUGAGUCAUAAGAUGAGUUCGUAAUGUGGUUAAAUCGUAUACACAAGCUCAGUCAAUACUCCUGGUUGACGUUUUGUUGGGACAGCGUGGCAGCGUGGUGCCAGUAUGAUGCAACUGAUUCACCAUCACCAGAAUGCACUUCCUCAGCCAAUGAUACAAAGACCAAGGUACCACGUGCCACUAUGCCGACAUGGCUCGCCGAUGAGUACGCAGAUGCCCGCACUCGUCUCGAUUCUGAAAUUGCGAAGACCGGGAGACCAGUUUGCUACGAGAGUGGGCAGUUCAUGAUAACUGCCCCUCCGCUGGUGUUUUCCCGUGUUGUCCCUUUUGAGAUCGAGCCCUUGGACUUCUACCGGCCGCGUUUUUCCAUAUGGCUUUCCCACCUCUUCUAGCGCAUUCCUUGUCCAAACUGCAAGGAUGCAAACCGACGAUCCAAGAGGGGGCAGCCAGUCGUGCUUCGUGUUCUUGGUUGGUCACAGCAGCCACGGCGCGUUGUCGAUCUUGAGCACUUGGUGUUCAUCGUUGGACACCGGUAUUAUUGUGGGCACGAGGAGUGCAAGAAGACAUUUCAGAGUUGGCCGCCUGCAAUUUUACAAGCCAUACCACCACCACUUGCAGCCCUCUUUCCGUUCCACCUAACA